UGAAAAGUCCGUCUGAUUUGUCAAAAUGACGGACAUAUUACGUUGCCCGAGUUGCAGUAUGACUUUUAAAUCUUCGCUAUUACUUGAAAAACACAGAGAGAAGUUCUGUAUUGGUUCAGACACUGGAAAAGUAAGAGAAACGCGGACACCCCAGGACAUGCUUGACAGACUGAAAAAAUCAAAAAGAAGCAAUGAUGAGCAUACUAAGGAGACAAGUAAUUAUAAAAUGACACUCACCGAUCACAGAUUCUUGGAUUCAAGUGAGAAAACUGAUUUUGAAAAAAUUAAUAGAAAUACCAGAUUAGAUCCUGCACCCGAUAGUGAAACUCAUCUACGUUAUCUUGCCGAUGCUCACAGCAAGCAAAUCAAUGAAAUUUUAUCACAAAAUAAACUUUUGGAGAAGCAAAGAGAUGAUAUUGUGCAGCGGCUGAAUGAAAUAACUGCUGAAAGUCGGAAUACAGGUUAUCUAGAAAAAAUGAUAAGACAUUUGAAUGCUCAAGAACAAAAGAAUGAGCAGCUUCUAAGUACCAUGAAACAACAAAUAGAUCUCCUGCAAGUUGGAGCAAUGAAAAGGGGAAUUCUAAGCAGACACAGUGGAUCCCCAGGCUCUCGAAAAGCAGAAAAAGGACUACCCUCUUUUCAUCAGCCUUUUGUUCCAUUUUAUGGGGGAGGAACUUUAUCUUCUGAAAUCAGUGCACUGCGCAUGAACUAUUUGCAAAAUGGGGGAAACGAUCAGAUAAUCUUGGCACAUUUACAAGACCUUUUGACUGAAGCACAGCUCAUAGAACAAAAAGAAAAAAAUGCCCGAACGAUACGGAAGAAAACUAAAAACGAACAUGGUGGUAUGAAAUGGCAUUUGAAUGAAAAAUUAAUUACACUUGAAAUUGAAAAUCAGCAAUUAGAAGAUGAACUUUUCAGAUUUCAACUUCAAAGACCGAAGAAUAACAGGAUUCCCAAGACAACAAAUAGAGAUUUUGAAAAGGGUCUGCAGUUUCCCCGAUUCAUGAAAGAACCACCCUACCAAAAUAUAAAGACCCUAAAUGCUGAACUGGAAGUCCUAAAGCAGGAACUGGAAGUUCAAAAACUAAAACGUCGUCUAAAAACCUCUGUUACUCACCUAGCCAAACCUCGAAUGGAAAAAGUCAUUCCAGUGGAAUUAAACAAACCUGACUCCCCCAAUCUUGGUAAACAGUAUUUAAACUUCAAUCAUGGUCUGGAGCCAGCACCGUAUGACCCCAUUGCUGGCUUUGUGGUAUUUUAUGACUUUCUCCUUGGCCUUGAUCCAUCUUAUCGAGUAUGCAGAAUGGCUGUGAGUCUCUGCAGUGGGGGGCAGGAGAUGGGAAAUCCUUCAGUCCUCCCUCCCAUUUAUUGUGAGGCUGCUUUUUCCAAGUUCCAUGACAACAAGAGGCAGAAUAUUGCUAUUUUGGCUACAAAGCAGGCUGUUCCCAGAGUACGUCCUUCUCCAAGUAUUUCCUUAAUAAUUGAACUUCAGGCAUCUGGUGGUUAUGAUCCUUAUGGGCAAGAAGUCAGCCGUCUAAUACCUCGAGGAUGGGUAAAAGUAGACACCUUUGACUACCAGAACAGAGUUAUCAGUGGGCAAUGGAAAGUUCCAAUUCGUAUACUUCCUGUGAAACCAUCACUCACUACAGGGGCCUUAAACGGUGUGCCUCAGCUGGAAAAUGCAGAGUUGUACUUUCGCCUCGUUAAUGCAAGGGAUGCCGACAUACAGAGCACUUAUCCUAUUCACAUCAACAACUCAGUAUGCUAUAAAUACCCAUCACUGACUGUGGCCUAUUUCCACCCAGAGGAGGUUGUUCUUCCGUCUCCUUACUAUAGUCCCUCACAUUUUUUUCCAAACAUGCAUCCCAUCUAUGGGGACAAUGUGGAUUCCCCUCCUUCCAGGGAUAGAAUAAUGACCCACUGAAAUGAAUUUAAUCUGCAUUGAUAACGACUUGACCAUCUUCUGCCAAUAAUGUUGUAAUUUUGUGUUUGCAAAAAAUAUUUCCAAUAUGAAUU